CAAACAUUAGAAUUCGGCCUAGAGGAUAGACUGUAAACUUGUGAUUGCGAUUUAGUUUGCGACGUGUGCAGCUACCCAGCCCAAGAAGACCAAGAACCUCCCGCCUUGAGACGUAGACGCAGCCGCUCUGCUCAAGGUUGCCGUGAAUUCCUAGCUGGAUUACGUACCGCUCACACAUAGUUGGUGUACCUCUUUUCUGCCGGCAUCACUACAGUCGAGGAAAGAACUAUCAUAGCAGACGACAUGUCGUCGCCAGUAGCAGAACUCGAGUCCGGCUUGAACGCCAUGCUCUCUCUUAAACCUCCCGGAGUUUCUGGCUCGCAGAUCAAGAAUAUUACGGCACUCUGUGUGAAUAACGUUCAGUCCGAGUCUGUACUCAUACAGAAGAUCUUUACUCACUUCAAGAAAACCCCCGCAACUCACAAGCUAGGUGUACUCUACGUUGUAGACUCUGUAACUCGCAGAUGGAUUGAACAAGCAAAGCAACAAGGUCAAACCAUCAAUAGCUCCGCCCCUGAUGGUACUUACGCUGCUGGCGUGCAUAGAGUGACAGAGCUGAUUCCCGUCUUGAUGAAUGACAUUCUGCAGUCCGCACCCCAAGAACAAAAGGACAAGAUUAAGAAGCUCGUCGAUAUCUGGGAGAAGGGACAGACGUUCCCCGGCCCUUUGAUCGAGUCCUUCAAGCAGAAGCUCGACGCACCCAAGAACGAGUCCACAACACCAACCGGCAGUCCACCGCCAGGACCUGGUCUGCCUGGUCUUCCCGGAUUUAGUGCGUCUUCCAAUGAUAAGCCACCAACAAAUGGGGCACCAAGCGACAUCAUGGAAGCACUCAAGAAGAUAGCUCAACAGAACUUAAGCAAUGCGCCGCAGAGCAAUGGUGCACUGGCUAGUACUGUAGCAGCUCCUCAAGAUUCAUUGUAUGGCCGCAGUGCGUCAGCUCAGCAGGGUGGCAUGCCUUACCAGCAACCUCCACCCCUGCCUGUAACUCAGAGCCAACCUGCUUUCCCGUUCUCGGCUGCUCUGCCGCCAUCAGCUGUGAAUCCUGCGAUGCCGUAUGCGUAUCCUCCUCAGGUACCUGUCCCGGGACAUAACCCUGCCUUUCCUGUGACUGCUAGUAGCCAACCUGGUGGGUUUCUCGGCCUGCCUGGUGUUGCUCAUGCUCCACCGCCUGUAGCUGGUGUAGAUCCUGCACAGGUACAGCUGAUUCAGCUGCUGGCCCAGCAAGGAGUUCCCGCAGAGAGCAUCCCGGCCCUUCUAGCAGCAUUCCAGAAUAACUUGCCCACAGGACAACCUGGUCCUAUCUCUGCACCCCCGCCUGCGCAGGCCCCUUAUAGUAACACGUGGGGUCAAGACAACUCUCGACCAGAUGCUUCGCAUGAUCGCCGUGACUUCGGUGGUAGAUCCCCGAAUAGGUAUCACAAUCGGUCACGCUCAAGGUCUCCAGCUCGCCAGUGGGGUGCACGCGAUUCACCUCGUGGACGCAAUGAUCGUGGAUUUGGCGGUUAUGGUCGCGAUUCGCCGAGUCAUAACCGAGAGGACCGUGCCAGCUGGGGUACAGACUACCGCCAGCGUAGUCCUCCGGGACGUCGGGGCCGUAGCCCAUCGCCUCCGCACUAUGAUGAACCCGUGCCGGGUCAGAAGUGGGUCGAGAUCGACAGGAGUCUUCCAGCUGGCCACAUCAAAGUUUUGAGCCGUACCCUCUUUGUUGGAGGUGUCACUUGCUCUGAAGCCGAACUGCGUGGCAUGUUUGGUAGAACUGGACAAGUGCAGACUUGCAUCGUUAACAAGGAUAAGAGGCACGCAUUUGUCAAGAUGCUCACGAGGAAAGAUGCCGUGGCUGCCAAGGAAGUUAUGGAAAACAGCACGUAUAGGACGAGAUGGGGCGUGGGCUUCGGCCCUCGUGAUUGCAGUGAUUACUCGACGGGAGUCAGCGUUAUCCCCAUUAGCAAACUGACUGACGCCGACCGAAAAUGGAUGUUAACGGCAGAGUGGGGUGGCAGCGGUGGACGGCCCAUUGAGUCUGGUAUGGUGGUGGAAGAGCCUGACAUUGAGAUAGGCGCGGGUGUUUCAUCCAAGGCCAUCAGCCGCCGCAUGCAAACAGACCGAGGCGGCAAGCACGGGCCCAAGUCUAGCAGCAGCAGAGGUGAAGAGGACGACCAAGGCCUAGGCCGCUGGCGCAGAAACAAAGACAACCGCCGGGAUGACCGCCGGGAUGAAAGAGAGCCGGUCGGUGCCCAACAACCGGAAGCUCCAGCAUUCCCUUUCGGCCUUUCGGUCGGAGCCAACGGCAUGCCAGUCUUCCCACCUGGGUUUGCUUUCCCGAUGCCACCCACUCAAUAGUCUUGAGAUGUUUGGGAAAUGCCUCGCAAAUUACGUUUCACGUUCUGCCUACAAGCUUAAACACUAAGCUAUUCCGGUGAAC